AUGAUGGCUACAGCUGGUGGAGCGAAGGGGGAUGAUAACGGGCAGGAAGGUGAAAGGCCACAGAAGAAGCGACGUCUAUCACCAGAGUCUCCCAACACAAAAGACGAAGUGAUGGAAGAAAUCAACGACAGCUGGCAAAACACCCCCUCGUUUUUCACCGUCGAACCCUUCACGCCGCCUGUCAAGAACCCAAUCCCACGAGUCUCUGCCGAAUCCCUCUCCAUCGAAGCUUUUCAGUCCUAUUUCACGAAACCUCGCCCAGACGGAGGCCCAGGCCCAGCUCCCCUGGUCAUCACAGGUCUAGUAGACCACUGGCCGGCACUCACCACGCACCCCUGGAACAAGCCAGCUUACCUCUUAUCUCGCACGCUCUCCGGCCGGCGGCUUGUCCCCGUCGAGAUCGGCCGCAGCUAUGUCGACGAAGGAUGGGGUCAGAAGAUCAUCUCAUUCGGCGAAUUCCUGUCCAAGUACAUUGACGCCUCCAUCUCUUUCACCCCUUCCUCUUCCAACACUUCCCCUUCCUUCUCCUCGUCCUCAGCCCAACCGAAGUCCCCUGAAGACAAAACCCAAAUAGCCUACCUAGCCCAACACCCCCUCUUCCUCCAACUGCCCCGUUUGCGCCAAGACAUCUUGAUCCCGGACCUCUGCUACACCGCGCCUCCUCCACACCCCACGGACCCGUCGCAGGAUCAACCGGAACUUGACUCGCCGCAACUUAAUGCCUGGUUUGGGCCACCGGGCACGAUCACGCCGCUGCAUACGGAUCCGUAUCAUAACUUGCUGGUGCAAGUGGUGGGGAAGAAGUAUGUGCGGUUGUAUGGGCCGGAGAUGACGGGGAGGAUGAGGCCGAGGGGAAAGGAGGGGGGCGUGGAGAUGGGGAAUACUAGUAAGGUUGAUUUGGGGGUUGUUGAGGGGUGGGAUAGGCUGGAGGGAGAGGGAAUGGGAGAGGAGAAGGAGGAAGGGCAGGAAGGGGAGGAAGAGAAUAAUGAAAAGGGCUGGGAGGACGACUUCAAAAAGGUGCCGUUUGUGGACUGUAUCUUGGAGCCGGGUGAUACGCUUUAUAUACCGAUUGGGUCGUGGCAUUAUGUUAGGGGGUUAAGUAGCCUUUCUCUUCUCGCCCUCUCCGCCGCUUGCGUCGCCGUCCUCGCCAACACCUUCCAAGGCGAUGGCUACCCACUCAUUGCCUCGCUCGCGCUCAGCGGGCUGGCAUUCAGCGCAACUUUCUCCAUGAUCCGAUGGCUCGGGCCAACCUUUAUGAAAGCCGGCCUGAAGGGCGUGGAUAUGAGCAAACACCAGAAGAAGGAGCUGCCCGAGUGCAUGGGCGCGAUAGCGGCCAUGGUGUACUUGCUGGCGGUUAUCAUCUUUAUCCCGUUCCCGUUUUACAAGGACAUCGUGGCGGCGACUAGCGGAGGCGGGAAUAGGGAUGUGGUGAUGCAUGUCGAGCAUGUACAGGAGGGGAGGUUCUUACAUCGGUUUCCUCAUUCAAAGCUCGCCUCGUACCUCUCCGCCGUCAUGGCCCUCCAAUCCAUCUCCCUCCUCGGCAUCGGCGACGACCUCUUCGACAUCCGUUGGCGACACAAAUUCUUCAUCCCGGCCUUCGCCUCCAUUCCCUUACUCGUGGUCUACUUUGUCGAUUUCGGCGUCACCUCGGUCGUGAUCCCGCUCCCCCUGCAACCCUACCUCGGCGAACUCUUCAACCUCGGCGCGCUUUACUACGUCUACAUGGCCUCGGUCGCCAUUUUCAGCCCCAACAGCAUCAACAUCCUGGCGGGAAUCAACGGCAUCGAAGUCUCACAGUCCAUCGUCAUCGCCCUGCUGCUCGCCUUCAACGAUUGUCUCUACCUUUUGACGCCCUACCUGCACCCGGCGACCGACUCCCACUUGUUCUCGCUUUACUUCCUUAUCCCCUUCUUGGGCGUCUCGUUCGCGCUGCUCUGGCACAACUGGUACCCCGCCCGCGUCUUUGUCGGGGACACGUACUGCUAUUUUGCGGGCAUGGUCUUUGUGGUGGUCAGCAUCUUGGGGCACUUCAGCAAGACGUUGAUCCUGCUCUUGAUUCCGCAGAUCUUCAACUUUGUGUACUCGGUUCCGCAACUGUUUGGGCUGGUGCCCUGUCCGCGCCAUCGUCUGCCGCGGUUUAAUGCGCGCACGGGAUUGUUGGAGCCGAGCGUUACCCCCUGGACACCUGAGAGACAACCGAAGCCGCCGGUGGCGUGGGCGCUGAAGACGCUUGAUAAGCUAAAGUUGUUGCGGGUGACGCUGGAUGAGGAGGGCAGGUUCGUGGAGACGAGUAACUUUACGAUUUUGAACUUGUGGUUGGUGUGGAGGGGUCCGUUGCGGGAGGAUAGGCUGGCGAUGGAGAUUACGGGGAUGCAGGUGGUGGUGGGACUGUUUGGGUUGUUUGUGAGGCAUCGGUUGGCGUUGAUUGUGUUUAAGCAGGACAAUUUGGGGGUUUGA